UGAAGAUACUGAAAGAAGUCCUCCUUCAUCUGAUCACUCCUACAUAGCAGCACCUCAGGGCCUACCUAAUGUCGCAGACAUGUCUAUGCAGACAGAACUGACCAUGAACGACAUUACAAAGUUGAGUGAGGAGAACAAACAUCUGAAAGCAAAAUUAGCUGAUAAAUCAUCACUUUUAAGAGAUGCUUUUGUUGAAAACAUAACAAAAAAUGAUGCAAAUGUUAGAUCAUAUACUGGUUUACCAUCUCUUGCCCUGCUAUUAGGAAUAUUCAACAUACUUGUUUCCAAAUGCUCUUAAGUAUUGGUCCGGCCAAGUAAGUGCCAAAGAAAAAGGUUACCAGAAAACCCCCAGACACAAGAAACCUGGUCCGACAAGAAAACUGUCUCUUUUUCAUGAAUUCAUAUUGACACUUGUUCGUUUACGCUUAGGAAUUUAUGAAUUUUGCCUUUCAGAUGUGUUUGGAAUAUCAAAAUCUAGAGUUUCACAAAUUUUCAUAACAUGGAUUACUUUCAUGUUAAAUGUUUUUGGGUAUCUAAUAAGGUGGCCAACUAGAAAUCAGCGUCCUCGAUCACCUACUGCUCAGGCAGCUACAUACAGCAGUUACAAAUCUAAGAAUACAGGUAAAUGUCUACUAGCUAUAUCCCCUUCAGGAACUUUUAUAUUUGUAUCAAAGGUUUAUGGUGGCAAUGUAUCAGACAGAUUUAUUUCACAUGAUUCUGGAUUUUUAGAUUUUGUUGAGGAAGAUGACGAUAUCAUGGCUGAUCGUGGGUUUACAAUUAGAGAUUUGAUAACAAAUAAAAAAGCUACACUAAACAUUCCCCCCUUUACUAGAAAGUGUGCUUGGGGAAAAAAGAAACUGUUAAAUGUAAUUGAAAUAAAACAAACCAGAAAAAUUGCCAAGCUUAGAAUUCAUGUAGAAAGAGCCAUCCAGAGACUAAAAUUAUUCAGACUUGUUGGAAAUAUUAUUCCAUGGUCUUUAAAACCAAUAAUGAAUCAGAUGAUAAAAGUUGCAGCAUUUUUAUGCAACUUAAUGCCACCAUUAGUUAGAAGGUAAUUGAAUUUCCAAAAAA